AUGUCUGCCCAACAGGAAUCCAAGUGGCUCGGCGGCAACGUCCAGCUCUUCAAUAUUCUCAAGGUCCAGAUGGUCGCUGCCCCUCAGCAGCGCGUGGUCCAGUUCGAGAACAAGGGCUGUGUGGACGCCUAUGUCAGCACCGUCACCGAGGUCGCGGCCGCCGACCCCGCGCUUGGCCAGAUCCGCCACGUGGGCACCGUCGAGUACUACCACCGUCCCGAGGACCAGAGAGUCGUGCUCGCCGGCGGCGGCCACCGUUUCCACAUUACCUUCUGCAUCGCCAUCGUGCUCCGCUACCUCGGACUCCGCGUCUACUCGCAGUACACGGCCGCCGUCGACGCCGGAGCCGCCACCGAUGCCGCGAUCGAGGGCGCCAUUGACCGGCUGCUCAGUCUCGUGAACGAGCUCGCCAGCUGCUUCGUCCAGCGCGACGACCGGGCCGGCAACUGCACCAUGAACUACGUGUCCAACAUGCGGGGCCAAAACCGGUUCCUCCGAGCCCUGGCCUUCUUCCGUCUGCCCGCGGACAUGGACGCCGAGGACCUCGAUGCCGUUGAGAUGUACCCCCACAUUAAGCCCAGCAGCAGGACCCACAACGCCGCCUUUGCCUCCAAGUACUGCCAGGCUUUCGAGGAGGCCUUUUGCGACUCGCGCAUGCUGCAGUUCGCGACCUCGGCCAUGUUUGGCUACCGACACUUUAGCAUGCCAGUCACCUCGAUGCUCAACUGCGACGCCGUCGUGGACAUCCUGCACUUUCUCCGUACCGACGAGCCCCGCUGGCUGGACGCCUGCGUGGCCACCAGCACCCUGGCCGCCGGCUGUGCCACCGCCAUCAAGGUCGAGUCCCUCAAGAUGAACCGGCCGUCGAUAAUGGACUCCAACAAGUUCCUGUCCCCCCUGACCCCCGCCUGCCGCAUCCACUCUGCCAUAGUGUCCCGCCUCGGCGCCGUCGCCGACAGCACCGCCAUCUGCCUCGAGAUCAACACGUACAUUGACACCAUGACCUCGCUGGUGCCGUUCCAGGCGACCACCACCGGGCUGCCCAUGGACGCCUCGCAGGUCCAGGUCAUGUACCUGCACGCCUCGCUCUUCAAACACGUCCUGGCCAAGACCAUGGCGCUGUCGAUCUCGGAGUGCACGGCGCUGGAGAAGGCCAAGUCCACCCCCGCGGCCUGCGGCGCGUACAUGCCCAGGAGCGACACUGCCUGCGAGUUCCUGGCCCUCCGGUACUGCAGCUCGGCCAUGGCCGUCAGCUCUCUGAUGGCCGGCGAGGUCCACCGCGGCUUUGCGAACGAGUACCUCUGGAACACGGCCAGCCUGGCGGACCUCGACGCUACGCUUGGCAAGCUGCGGGGCGGCAACUACCCCACCCUCGUCGCGCCGGUCCUGUCCCUGCUGGAGACCUUCUACUACCGGGUGACGGGUACCCGGACCCGCCUGUGCGCCGCCUACCGGGAGUUUGCCAUCACCGAGACCUGGGACUACCUGCAGACGCUGCUGGAGCACAGUAGCCAUUUUGAUGACGAGAUCUUUGGUGCCGCACAGUCGGACGAGGACACCGCUGUGGCCGCCGCCCGCAAGCUCGCGGUCUCGCUGUACGGGGCCUACGAGAACGGACUCCGGAGCCUCGGGGGCAAGGUCUGCGCGUCGCUGCGACAGGCCGGGGUGGGCGCGCUCGUGGGCGCGGCCCGUCUCUGCGACCGAGACUCGGUGUUCUUCAGCUUUGAGGCCUUCAGGACGCACAUCCGGCUGCUCCUGGGGCCCGAGCUCGCGACUGCGCCGCUGCGGGUGAAGACGGCGGACAUUUCGGCCAUGUGCGGACAGCUGGCCUCGGAGAUUGAGGUUCUGAUCAGCCUGGAGCUUGUUGUGUCCCUCAGUAUGCCCCGCCGGGACGGCGACAACGUCAACACGCUCGUCGGGGACGCGCAGGACAAGAACUUCUCUCGGCCGACCCGCGAGCACCUGACCUACCCGACCUGGGUGAAGUCCGUGCCGACCACCCAGAAGAGGGCGGUGAUCCACCUGGACAGGCUCAUGCAGCUGAUGCCGUCUGCGAACUGGACCGAUGAGGACGGCCCAGAGGACGAGGACGACGAGAACACCUGGGGCCUGGACGGCCUCGACGACGGGGACGUGGAGGUCGGCGCUGCGGGGUACGACUUCCCGCUGCGGACGGCGGCGACGGCGAUGAUCCUGGCUGGACGCGACCGUGUCCUGGGACUGGCGGGCUUUGACCUCGCGGAGUCGCUGGGCGAUGCGACCUACAAGCUGGCCGCCGAGUCCCUGGUGGCCAUCAGCGUCUUCCGCCUCAACGCGUCCAACAAGGUGCUCUACAAUGUGCUGCAGCGGGUGCCCGAAUACGCCGGGUCCACCGAGAGCGGCGAGCUGCCCCGCCGCACCCAGGUGCUCAAGUGCGACAACGCCACGGUGACCCUGCCGAAGGGCCUGGCCACCUCGCCGCUCCCGGUGGGCGACUUUGUGAUCCCGUACGACCUGCUGGUCCGCUCGGCUCUGAUCCGCACUGGCCGCCGCCGGGACGAGGACUCUGCCGCCUACUGUGCCGUGAGGGCGCUGCCCAUCGCGGACAGGUACGAUGCGUUCAUGCAGCACGCCCACGAGGCCGUCUCGGUCAUCACGUGGGGCGUCUACCUGGAGCUCAAGCGCCUGUUUGUCUUUUCCUACGGGACCAAGUUUGCGGGCGAGGCCCGGCCGCCGCUAGGGGAGCUCGCGAUGGCCAGCACCAGGCCCCAGCACCAAGGCAGGGCCAAGGCCAAGGCCAAGGCUCCGGCCGCCAGCCGCAAGCGCAAGGCCACGAUGCCGGACGUCGAGACGGUGCACCAGCGGUCUCUGAAGGUCAAGCGCCGCAUCGUGGAGUCGUCGGACGAGGCGAGCGAGGCCGAGGAGGACAGCGACAGCGACUGCGAGGAAAUUGGCGAGACGGACAGCGAGUAG